UGAUAAUGGCUGCAAGGGAGAUAGCAAUCUGAUCGACUGGCCUUUCCACACGGGUAGUCUUGGUAAAAACAAGUGGUCGAGCUUCAUAUGCAGGGACACUGCUCGUUCGACGACCCUCAUUACCGCUAUCGCCAGUUUCAUUCACUAUUCCGAAACGACAACCAUUACUUACACACUCCACACACUCCCGGCCACGACCAAGGCUCGAUCUGACGCCAUUGUCAAGAAGGACGAGUACGCAUAUGUCACUUGUGGUGACCCCGACUCCCACAAAUCUCACGACAAGUACUGCGCUGUGGUCGAAGUCUGCCGUGAAGAGACUAGCAAGCUUGACAAUGCUCACGGAUGCUUCAAGUUCAUUGUACCCUUCGAUGAGUGCACCGAGCUUGAGCCAGGGAUAGUGGGUGAACUGCACUAUGCCGUUGCCAACCCCGGCGCGUACUGCCAUUUCUUCAAUGCAUCCGGCUGCCAUGGGGAUAGUGCUUUGAUCGAAUGGCCUUACCUCACAAACGGUCUUUUGGGACAAUAUUUUAGGAGCUUCGCAUGUCAAUCUCGUGAG